UUACUAAAGUGUCUCUGGCCUUCCGCACAUUUAUUCAAGCUACUAACCUUGUGCUUGAGGAAUCGAACGCAUAUAUCGCAGGAACGAUGGCCCCUACGGAAGAGAGCUGCGUGCAACAGGAGGACCCGCACCAUCUCGACCCGCGCGGACUCGAGCUGCUACAGCUGCCCCGGUCAGUGCGCAUAACACAGAGAUACUCGGCGCCUAGUGCAAGCGAAGGUAUCAAUGCAACAUUGGAAAGUGAAGAUGGCGAGCAGAUCGAACUCGCUUCGGGCAUCUUGUCCGUUCAGCUGGUUACAAUCGACAUCGGUGAUGCGUACGGUUUAGCGGGUGCGAGCACCGAUGCAGCGGGGGAUGAUACCGACAUUUUCCUCGUCCUGUCCGUUCCUUCGUCUGACUUUUCACUCCCUUUGAUGGCAUCUCAGCGCGUCCAACAUCGCCCAAAGCACAAUGCUUAUGUAUUCGAUUCCCCCGAAGUGCCCGGCGCCAGCAUCAUUAUAUACUUGCCAGCUCCGGAGCAAGGCAGUGACGAAGUGACAACGCUCGCAACCUUCGAUGACAUCCUCUCUUCCUACUGCGUCUUCAACGCUGACACAUAUGCCACGGACGACCGCGGCAAGAUCGAGCUCAUUUCUGUGAAGGAUGGCAGUACGGUAAUUGGCACCCUGGACUUGGAGCAAGAUGGUGUGGUGCUGCAGGAGGAGGGAUUCGACCCCGCCCUUAGCUCGCCUAACAUUGAGAAGGAGCCCGUGCUGAUCGAUCUCGACUUUGAAGGCAAGGCAGAGCAAGGCGCAGGCGGAAAAGAGAUGGGCAGCGGCCCACACCGAGUGAGCAUUGUCAGGCCGAUCAGCACUGUCGACUCGGCAGCAGGCGACGACUGGCUCUUACGCGGAGCCGAUCGGAUCAGCCGCGGUAUUAUUAGCGGCUCUAACUUCAUUGGCAAGAAAAUCGUGCAAGGCGCAGACGCUAUAGCCGAGCGGCAAGUCACCAAAUUCUCCGCUCCUGGGAGCGCAAGUAAGUCCGCACAGACGAACGGCGCUGCGACGCCUGUAAAGCUGGCAUCCGGAGAAUCCGAUAGCUCCGUCGCAAGAACGAGUACUAGCGGCGCCAAGAUCCAUCCGCGCGCAAUGCAGACGGUAGCAGCGGUCCACACGCUGAGCGGCCGCGCGGUGAAGGUGUCGCACAAGACGGCAGCAUCGAUUCAGAAUGUCGCAGGGCGUUUUGGAGAUCAGAUCGGGAAGGCGACCGGUGUACAGCGCCAGCAGCCGUAUGCGCCUGCAAAGGGCCUUCGCGGCAUGCUAAACCGUUCGCUCGUAGCCGUCUCCACCGUCUGGGAUAGCGUGGAUGCGAGCGCACAGCAACUGAUCGACGACUCUUCCUCGGCAGCCACACAUGUCAUCCGAUCCAAGUAUGGCGACGACGCGGCGGUCUUUUCCGCGCACGUAGGCGGCACGACGCGCAGCGCCUUUUUGGUGUACCGCGAUAUUAGCGGUGUGAGGAGGCGCGCUCUGCUCAAGGUGGCGGGCAAGGGUAUUGUCAAAGGCCGAACGAGAGAUGGACAGGUCGUCAGGGUCCAGGUUGGGCAGGAGCCUGGUUCGCAAUCACUUGUGGGGACAUCCUCCGCGACUGUCACUGCUGAUACUAGGAAGAAGUGAUCGGCCAUUGGCAUGUAUCGUGCCCGAUUUGUCUCGGCAUAUGUAUUUGUAUAGGUGGACUUGCAACUCGUUCCGUCUCAAGUUGCUCCGCCUCGCAAAACCUUUGAAGUGCAUU